GGAAUCUCCAUUAGGGAACUCUAUAUAAACUACUAUGCUACUGCUUAUGAUGAAGAUUUCACUGUUGGAUCAGAGUUUAACCUGGAAAAAGUCACAUUUGAAGAAACCAAAGCUACUUUUGCCAUCAAAGCCAUUAUGGAUUAUACUUCCAUAGGAGCAGUUCCCAAGAAAUGCCUGCCUGAUCAGUUCCAGUGUUCCAAUAGUGAGUGUAUAGAUGGCAGAUACAAGUGUGAUGGCCAGGACGACUGCUUUGAUGGAUCAGAUGAGAAGAACUGUCCUGUGACGGUGUGUGCCUCUGAUGAGUUCAGGUGUAGUGAUAAUAGGCAGUGUAUUCCUGCGGCCUUCCGCUGUAACCUCCAGCCAGACUGUUUAGACGGCAGCGACGAGGAGAGAUGUGAGCCGCAGUGUAAGGCACAGGAAUUUAAGUGUGAUGACGGGACCUGUAUCGAUUCUGAGUUUAGGUGUGAUGGCGUGCCUGGCGAUUGUCCGGAUAACUCAGAUGAAGCUCGCUGUGGGGGUACAUCUCAGUCCUGUCCUGAAGGCCUGUUACGAUGUGAUAAUGGAGAUUGUGUCGCAGGAAACAGAUGUGACGGACUCCCAGAAUGCCGGGACAACUCUGACGAGAAAAACUGUGAAACCAGCACACUCCCUCCAACAUUAGCUCCAGAAAUCUGCACAGAAACUGAGUUCCGAUGUAACGAUGGAAUGUGUAUGCCAAAGGACUUGAUAUGUGAUGGAACCCCGGAUUGUGACGACCAGUCAGACGAAUCUCAGACAUUAUGUGGAACUUCUACUGUCUGUCCUGAGGGACAGUUCCGAUGUGACAAUGGGGAGUGUGUGAGGACGGAUGCACCCUGUAAUUUUGUCCAGGACUGUACAGAUGGCUCAGAUGAGGCUGUCAGCACCUGUGGUGUACGUGUUCAACUUGAUAUAACCAAGUCUCAACAAGUUUACAAUGAAGGAGAAACUGCUGUCUUUAACUGUGUAGCUACAGGAAAUGUUGGAGUCACAAUAAGAUGGAGGACCAAGGAGGGGGCCUUACCUGCAAAAGCUGUGCUACAGAAUGGAAGGCUGUCCAUUCCUAAUGUGACAAUGAAUGAUGUUACCGACUACAUCUGUUACACAGACACAAUACAAGGGGUUGGAGAAGCUACAGUCGAUCUACUUGUCAUACCAGCAUGUAGGGCUGACCAGUUGCGAUGCAGUGAUGGGACUUGUGUUGACCGAGCUUAUCUCUGUGAUAACUAUCCCGAUUGUAUAGAUGGUGCUGAUGAAAGAAACUGUAACACCACCACAGACUGUCCCCAGGGUCAGUAUAAAUGUGAUGACAGCACUUGUGCACCCCCUGGGUCUAACUGUGAUAGAAAGGUUGACUGCGGAGAUGGUAGCGAUGAAUUCCCGAGAUACUGCGGUUGUCAGCUUGGAGAGUUUAUGUGUGCUGAUGGGAAGCGGUGUAUAUCAAAGGCUGAGGAGUGUGAUGGAAGAAUCAACUGUCCAGACAGAUCUGAUGAGCAUUCCAAUUGUACUGUAGCCUGCCGAGCGGACGAAUUCACCUGUCAAAGUGGACAAUGUAUUGACCGGGCUCGGCUGUGUGAUGGGUAUCCAGACUGUAAUGACCGGUCAGAUGAAGAAGAUAGAGCUUGUCGUAAAUGUGACAGUGGUUCCCAGUUUACUUGUCGUUUUGAACAUCAGUGUGUUAAUGUCUCGAUGGUUUGUGAUGGGUUUGCCGACUGUGUAGAUAAGUCGGAUGAGAUGAAUUGCUGUAAUAAGUCCACAGAAUUUACAUGUGCAAGUGGACAGUGUAUAGACAUUAGGAGACGAUGUGAUAGGAUCAGAGACUGCUUUGAUGGCUCUGAUGAACGAGAUUGUCCUUGUCGUGCUGAUGAAUUCAAAUGUUUUUCGGAUGGGAAAUGUGUACUGCGAUCUGACAGAUGUAAUGGGCGGAGAGAUUGUCAAGAUGGCAGUGAUGAAACUGACUGUCAGGAGCGCUGUACCCCCUUCGAGUUUCAGUGUACAGUAGGGGGCUGUGUGGAGGCUAUCAAGCGCUGUGACGGUUUUUUUGACUGUCCUGAUGGCUCUGAUGAAAUUCUGUGUAACUCCCCCACCCCUGCACCAACCACAGAACUGCCUGUGAUUGUCCGAGUGGCCCCCUCCAGCCUGAGACUUAGGGAGGGACAACAGGCCUCAUUCCAAUGCCAGGCCAGCAGAUCUGUCCCACUGCGCUGGAGUCGACGCAGCAAUAUUGGGUCUCUGCCUUUUCAAGCCAGAGUAGAAAACAACAUUCUAAUAAUUCCACAAGUUCGAUCUGAAGACUCAGGAUCUUAUGUGUGUGCUGUGGUAGGAGAGGAACAAAGAUACUAUGCCAUUGCAUCACUGGAUGUACAGUCCUUACCAACCACUACUGUAGCACCUCAGCGACCCCUUAUCAUCACAAUUUCACCCCCCAGUUUGAGACUGAGGGAGGGGCGACAGGCACAGUUCCAGUGUCAGGCCACCAGAUCUGUUCCUCUUCGAUGGACCAGGCGCAGCAGCAAUGGGACAGCCCUGCCUUUCCGAGCCUCAGUAGAGAACAACAUUCUCACUAUACCAGAACUUCAGUUACCAGACUCCGGAUCUUACAUGUGUUCCGUGGUAGGGCAGGAACAGAGAUACUUUGCCAUUGCAACACUAGAUGUACAGUCAUUGAUUCCCCCUACUCUCCCUCCCACGGGAAUCUGUCGCCCCGGGGAGGCUGUGUGUCAGAACCUACAGUGUAUCAAUGCGGACUACCGGUGUGACGGGGACCAGGACUGUGAAGACGGCUCAGAUGAAGAUCCAAGCAUUUGUAACUUCGAGAAGUUGUGUGAACCAAAUGAAUUCAAGUGUUCCAAUGGAAGAUGUGCUAUGAAGAUCUGGCGUUGUGAUGGAGAUAAUGAUUGUGGAGAUGAUUCCGAUGAACAGAAUUGCCCCACCCGACGUCCCGGAGACCCAUGUGAUUCUAAGGAGUACCAGUGUACAUCCGGGGACCAGUGUGUGCCAGCCUCGUAUCAGUGUGAUGGAGAAAUUGACUGUCAGGACAGAUCAGAUGAGAUUGGCUGUGCUGCACCCACUAUAAAUGUUGCUCCUCCCCCCAAUAUCGAGGUAGAAGUGGGUGGCUAUUUCACCAUUAUUUGUGAGGCUGUGGGUGUCCCCACCCCACUGAUUGUGUGGAGAUUAAACUGGGGGAACAUUCCAACAGGGGACAGGAUAUAUGUCUCCAGUGUCAAUGGACGGGGUAACCUCACAAUCACAGAUGCCAGAAUAGAGGAUUCUGGGGCCUACACUUGUGAAGCCAUUAACGUCAGAGGAAGCGUAUUUGCAUCUCCUGAUGCAAUCAUUAUUGUAAGACGUACCCCACAAGGUGUUUGUGAACCUCCUAGAUUCAAUGUGGAAGCCUCCAUUGACACAGACUGCAUCAACUGCUUCUGUUUUGGCCACACUACCCAGUGUUACAGUUCUGAUUUACAAAUCUCAAAGAUUGAUCUAGUGGGUGAACUUACGAUGGUGAAUGUGGACUCUUCACUACCUAUUGACUCUCGGUAUGUGGAGUACCUUCCCUCAGGGGAGUAUGGUGGCUUCUAUCAGGUGGGAGAUGGACUACGACUGGUGCCCCCAGGGAUCUACUACUGGUCACUUCCGGGAGAGUUCCUAGGGGAUAGGCUUACAAGUUAUGGAGGGAGUCUUCAGUAUGAUAUUUUCUAUUCCCUCGGGAGAGGUCAGUCUAAAAUUUUGGAUCAAGCAGAUGUGGUUAUGAGGGGAAAUGGCAUCACAAUCUACCACAGAGCGUCAACCAUUGCCAGACCAGAGGGACUGACUCGCUUUCAGGUUCCUCUGCUGCCGAGUGCUUGGACAAAAGGUGACAUGCCUCGAAGAGGGGACACACCUGUGCUGGAAUAUGCUACCAGGGAAGACCUCAUGAUGGUACUGGAGAACCUGGAAUACAUCUACGUUAGAUCUCACUAUGACUCGAGCAUGGCACUUACAAGGAUUGGCAAUAUAGAGUUGAGCAGUGGUGCAAGGGAAUCAACAGGUCUUGGUAGAGCUGUGUAUGUGGAGAGUUGUGAGUGUCCUCCUGGCUACUCUGGACUCUCUUGUCAGGACUGUGCCCCAGGUUACACAAGAGUUCAGCAAGGUCCCUACCUGGGGAUUUGUACCAGAUGUAACUGUUACGGACAUUCAGCGGACUGUGAUCCCAUCACUGGAGCCUGCAGGUUCUGUAAUCACAACACUGAAGGUGCACAAUGUGAGCGUUGUGCUGUUGGUUACUAUGGAGAUGCCACGCUUGGAACUUCUGAUGCUUGCAAGCCCUGCCCUUGUCCAUUAACCACACCAACAAACCAGUUCAGUGAGACUUGUGUCCUGAGUUCUGAUGGCAGACCUACAUGUACCGCCUGUAAACCAGGCUACACCGGGCGAAACUGUGAGAGAUGUGCAGAAGGAUACAUUGGCCAGCCCAGUAUCAUAGGAAACUACUGCCGAAAAGUCAACUUGCCUGAUAUAUGUGACUCCAGAGGCAGUUACAGCAGACAACCAGACCCUGUGACCGGUGUCUGUAGAUGUAAGUCUAAUGUUGUCGGUAAGAACUGUGACCAGUGCAGGGAGAACACGUUUCAUCUGGAUGCUGCCAAUCCUUUUGGCUGUCUGCGUUGUUUCUGCAUGGGAGUCACAACCCAAUGUACCAGCACUUCUUGGAAUAAAGCUCAGAUUGGUUCCUCAUUCACAAGAAACAGCAAUGGUUUUGUCCUGACAGAUCUACUUCAAAGGGAGACAAUUUCAGAUGGCUUCACGGUCAACAGCAAUGUCAGGGAGCUGGUUUAUCGGGGCUUUAGCAACCAGAGAGACACUGUGUAUUAUUGGUCACUUCCAAAGCGUUUCCUAGGAGACAAGGUGGUGUCCUAUGGGGGUUACCUGAGAUUUGUAUUGGUGUACCGGCCGGGACAAGAUGCCUCACCCAGUCAGCUGGACGGCCCUCUUGUGGAAAUCAUUGGAAAUGGAGUAACAUUGAUUCACAGAUCUACACAGGAACAUCGACCAAACACUCCCUCUUCCUACAGAGUGCCAUUUACAGAGAAUGCUUGGACUGGUCUUGAUGGAUCAAGCACAUCAAGGGAAUUUCUGUUAAUGGCCCUGGCAGAUUUGGAUGCUAUUUUGAUCAGAGCUACAUUCACCAGAGAAACAGAUCAAGCCAGUAUACGUGAUGUUGUCAUGGAUAUUGCAGAAGACCGAGUGACAGGUCAAGGUCGUGCAUCCACGGUUGAGCAGUGUCAGUGUCCCAGAGGUUACAAAGGACUGUCCUGCGAGGACUGUGAUGUGGGUUAUACACGUCGUGGCGAUGGUAUUUAUCUCGGGACUUGUGAACCAUGUCAGUGCAAUGGCCAUUCCAGUGAAUGUGACCCUGAUACAGGACGCUGUAGGAACUGCCAACAUAACACUGAUGGAGAGCAGUGUGGCCGUUGUGCCACUGGUUUCUAUGGUGAUGCCACCAGAGGUACCCCAAGUGAUUGCCAGCCCUGCCCCUGUCCCCUUACCCAGCCACCCAAUCAAUUCAGUCCUACAUGUGAAUUGGCAAGAAAUGGACAAGUAAGAUGUACCGCUUGCCCAGCAGGGCACAGGGGACUCCGAUGUGAAAGCUGUAUUCAGGGAUACACAGGAAAUCCAAUACAACCAGGGGACUACUGUAAGAUUUCUACAGGUCCAGAUUGUCAAUGUGACAGUCGAGGAACAGUUCCCAACACCCAAUGUGACGUAGUGACAAAGCAGUGUCAAUGUAAAGCAAAUGUUCGAGGACAAAGAUGUCGGUUCUGUAAAGAUCGCUACUUCCAUCUGAGUGAGGAGAAUUCCCAGGGCUGUUUGUCUUGUUGGUGCUCAGGUGUGGCCACCCAGUGCAGCUCUUCAGCUUUUUAUAAAGACAGGAUCUAUCCAAAUUUGUCUGGGGCUGACACCCACAACUUUGUAUUGACCAAUCGUCGUCUGUCUAACUCUAUCACGGAUGGCUUUGACAUCAAUACUGACAGAAAUGAGAUCACGUUCAACCAGUUUUCUGGAAUCCAGAGAGAACGCGAGAGCCUCUUCUUCAGUCUCCCUCCUAAAUUCAGAGGAAAUAAGGUCACUUCCUAUGGAGGAUACCUGAGUUUCACCCUGGAGACAGUUGUGGCUUUGGAUGGAGGCAAUACUUUCAGAGAUGUGGACUUGGAAAUUAUCACACCAGGCCAACAACAAAGAAUGUAUUACUUGUUUAACCCUCCCCUACAGCCUUAUCAACCAGAGACUUACAAAAUUCAUCUUGUAGAGAGCACAUUCAGAAUGCUGGAUGGCACUUCACCAACACGAGAAACCUUCUUGUCUGUUUUGUCCAACAUUGAAGCCAUUCUGAUCAGAGCCACUUACCACACCGUUAUGGGUAGCGCCUCGCUGCGUGAUUUGUACAUGGAGACCUCAACUACUACUCCUACCACAUUUGGUCGCAUGCCACAGGUGGAGAGCUGUCAGUGUCCUGAGGGCCACACCGGUUCCUCGUGUGAACAGUGUGCCCCAGGUUACCUCCUACAGGAGGAUGGGGUGGGGAGGAGAUGUGUCCGCUGUAGCUGUAACAACCAUGCCGACUCCUGUGAUCCUGGCACUGGACAAUGUCUGAAUUGUCAGCAUAACACGGUUGGUGACAGGUGUGAGAGAUGUGCAGAUGGUUUCUAUGGAGAUGCCACUUCUGGAACUGCCUCAGACUGCAGGCCCUGUCCCUGUCCUCUGACCGUGCCAUCCAAUCAAUUCUCCCGUACUUGUCGACUGGGUUCAGAUGGCUUACCGACCUGUGAUAGAUGUCCAGAGGGUUACCUUGGAAGGGACUGUGGAACGUGUGAUGCUGCAAGAGGUUACACAGGCAAUCCCAGAGUUAUUGGGGGGUCAUGUGUUGCUGGAGCAACCUUGGAGCCAGUGGUGGAGGUCAGCCCACUGAGGGUGGAAGAGCCAGCAGGUCACACAGUCGUAUUCACCUGUGAGGUCAGUGGCCCUGGACCAAUCACAGCCGUGUGGACCCGAGCCAAUCGUCAGCUUCUUCCAUUACGAGCCAAUGUAAGCCCUCGUCACACUCUGACUAUCAGAGAUUUGGUGCAGACGGACUCAGGACAGUACAUCUGCACUGCCACCAAUAGGCAUGGAAGUACCAGACGAAUUGUGACCCUACAGGUCACAGGUCGUGAACAGCCCAUCCGUGUGAGAAUUGAUGAGCCAACGUCUGUUGUCAAGAACCAGGGUCAGUCAGUUCGCUUUGUCUGCACAGCUUCAGGACCUAACACAAUGACCUACAUACUAGCUUGGUCCAAACAAGGUGGCACCGUUCCCUCUAAAGCAACGGAGCGUAAUGGUGUUUUAGUGAUUCCCAAUGUACAACCAGAAGAUGCUGGAUCCUAUAUCUGUACAGGUUCUGACAUAACUGACACAGACACAGCUGUAGCUGUCCUUACUGUCAGUGCCACGGAAACUCCUCCUGAAAUUCGAAUUGAGCCCCGCUACCAGACUGUGAAGGAGGGAGAGGAAGUAGAAUUCCGUUGUUUGGCUACUGCUGGCAGACCAACGCCCACACUCGAAUGGAGAAGGAAGGAGGGCAGGUAUCCAAUGAGCCAAAACGCAGUUCUCAAUAAUGGUGUCUUCAGACUUCCACGAGCAGAAAUGACUGAUGAAGGAGAAUAUUACUGUAAAGGUACCAAUGUUGCAGGGAUGUCAGAGAUACGCACCAUCUUGUAUGUUCAGAGAGAUGAGACCAGACCAGAUGUUAAUGUGCAGGUCAGACAGGUAAUUGUUGUUGCGGUGUCCGGAACCACUGCCGAGUUGGUUUGCUAUGUAGAGGGAAUACAGGCACAGUUAGUGUGGUCCCGACAAGGUGGCCUCCCUCCGGGCUCCACACAGACAGAUGGAGUCCUCAUUAUCCCCAACAUCCAGCAGUCAGGAGCCGGCCAGUACCUCUGUACUGCAAUCACACCAGUCGGUGAUAGAGGCACAGUCACUGCGUCCAUCACAGUCAGGGCCGAUAAUUUACCUGUGAGGCCAACAGCAGAAGUGAAUGUACCAGAAAAUAGACUGACUGUAGACCAGGGCAGCACAGCAACCAUCAGGUGUGAGGUAACGGGGACGCCGCAACCUACGAUCACAUGGAGCAAGAGUCGCGAGGAACUGACCAGCAGGCACAGGGUAUCCGGAGGAACCCUGAGGAUUGUGGGAGCUCAGGUGGAGGACCGAGGAGUUUACCUGUGUGUGGCAGAGAACACAGCUGGGUCGGACCAAGCCUGGGUCAUUGUGGAGGUUAUGCCCCGAUCCAAACCAACAAUAACACUGUAUCCAGAGGAAACCUCUACCACUACUAUAGGAGGGAGUGCCAUGUUUGUGUGUCGAGCCUCGGGAGAACCACAACCAACAGUCACAUGGACAAGGGCUGGUGGUGAAUCCUUUGAGAGUGGAACAACGGAACUGAAACAGGAGGGAACAUUACUGAUGUUCUCCAGGGUGACUGGGAAGGAACAGGGCAGUUAUAUAUGUACAGCCACCAACUCUAUGGGAUCUGUUAGUGCCACUGCAACCCUGCUCAUUGCAGGACCACCGAAAGUUCUCAUUCAACCCAGCCGAACAGUUUAUGCAGUUGUUGGACAGAGAGUUUCUUUAGAAUGUGUAGCUCAGGGAGUUCCAACACCAACCAUUUACUGGCGAUACGAGGCGACUCCAAGCAGAGGAGAUUUGCCCGUCUCUUUGGACGCGGAUCUCGGACCAGGUUCAGCCACCCUGACCAUAGAGUCGGUCUCUAGCGGUGACAGUGGCAACUAUGUGUGUGUCGCCACAAAUGAUGCUGGAUCUGUAGAGGAAACUGCCCAGAUUAUUGUGCGUGAAGAGAACCCUAAUGUGCCUGGAGUUACGAUUUCUGGUCCUCAGAGAUUAUCUGCCACAGAGGGACAGUCAGUGACUCUGAGAUGUGAAACACAAGGCCUAAAUAAUGCUGUAAUCCAGUGGAGGAGAAGGGAGGGUCCAUUGCCCCCCAAUCACAGCAUUCAGGGAGGAACCCUGUACAUUCCACGCUUCCAAAGAGAGUACGCCGGGGAGUACAUCUGCACUGCUACCACACCAGUUAGAAAUUAUGAGACCUCUGUUUUUAUCAUUGUGACAGUGACCCCAAAGUUGAGCAUUUCACCAGCUCAAGUAGAGGCCAGGGCUGGUCAGAGAGUACAACUCCGAUGUCAACCCCAGGGUCAGGGACCAUUUAACAUUGAAUGGGUCAAGUUGGGAGGAGGAUUAUCCCCCUCAGCCACCCAAACUGUGGACGGAAUCCUGGAGAUCCGGGCGGUGACUGCUGCUGAUGCCGGACGGUACCGCUGUGUGGCUACCAAUUCUGCAGGAUCCUCAGAUGGCAUUGCCAUUGUCAUAGUGCAAGUACCCCCCACAAUAGUUGUUUCUGACAGAGAUAGGUCUGUACGUGAAGGUGAUACAGUAACACUUCAGUGUCAGAUUACGGGGACACCACAGCCACAGGUCACAUGGGAAAAACAGGGCGGUGCUCUCCCCUCUAAUUCCGACAUCAGGAAUGACAUACUAACUAUAUACAAUGUGAGAAGUGAGGAUCAAGGACGCUACAUCUGUAACGCCAGAAGUACAGCUGGGUCUGCCAGGGACUACAUCAUGGUUACUGUCCAAUCAGUUAAUGGUGGUGGUUCCAUUCAGUAUGACACACAGACUGUCAAUGUGGGAGAAAAGGUGGAAAUGGAAUGUGUCACAACAGGAUCCCCUCAGCCUACAGUCAGCUGGUCUAAGCUGGAAGGUCCUCUUCCACCCACUGCCAUUGUCAAUGAUGCCUUCCUGGUCAUUCAGUCUAUAAGAUUAGAGGACGCGGGAACCUAUGUUUGUACUGUACAGAAUAUUGUGGGAACAGUCGAGAAGAGGGUCACCCUGUUCGUCAGAGCUAAACCCAUCAUUACUGGGGGUAGUGAGUCCCUGACAGCAGCCCUGGGGUCCAGUACAUCCAUGUCUUGUGAAGCCGUGGGGUACCCCCAACCAGAGAUCAGCUGGUACAAACGAGAGGGAAAUAUGCCAAGAGAUUACACAGUAGAUAACGGAAAACUGGAGAUUCCUCGUGUUUACCCCGGAGACCAGGGCACUUAUGUCUGUCAAGCCCAGAAUGACUUCGGUCAAAAUGAAAAAGAUUAUAACCUAACCGUUGGGGAUUUGGUUCCAUACUUUGAUCAGGAACCUACAUCAUAUAUCAGCUACCCUCCCAUUGAAGAUCACCACAUCAACUUUGAGAUUUUACUCUCAUUGAGACCAGAAACCACAGAUGGUUUGGUGUUGUAUAAUGGACAGUAUGAUAAUGCCAGAGGUGACUAUGUCUGUCUGGGAAUGAGAGGAGGCUACCCAGAAUUCACCUUUGAUGUUGGUUCUGGACCUGCUCUAAUACAGGGCAAUCGAACUCUUCCUUUGAACCAAUGGAAUACCAUCAAACUCAAGAGGGAAAAUUCUGUUGGAAGUAUGGAGGUUAAUGAUGAGCCAGUCUACACUGGUUCUUCACUGGGACAGUUCAGUGGUCUGGAUCUUGGUCAGAACAUGUACCUGGGUAAUGUGCCAGAUCCCAACAAGGUACCAGAGCCAGCCAGACACUCAUCUGGAUUUGUUGGUGCUGUGAGUCAGGUGAUUAUUAAUGGCAAGGACCUGAACCUGGGGGCUGAUGCCAUCGAGCUGAAGGGGAUUGAACCGUACAACGCUUGUAAAGACCGACCAUGUCUGAACCGAGGAAGAUGUCUGCCAGCCAACUCCAAGUAUGGCUACAAGUGUGACUGUCCAUCUGGGUUCACAGGAAGUCGAUGUGAGAUCACAGGAAGAGGCUGCUAUCCAGGAAUCUGUGGACCAGGAGGAAGAUGUCGUGAUGUAACUGGGGGCCACCAAUGUAUCUGUCCAAUGGGAAGGAUUGGUUCAGGCUGCUCACAGACUGUGCAGGUCAUCUACCCACAAUUCAAUGGGUCUUCCUUUUCAUCAUAUGAUCCAAUCAGAAAUGCUCGCUUCCAGAUGAAGAUUGAAUUGGAGAUCAAACCCCAAUCUCUGGAUAAUGGACUUGUGUUGUACAGUGGACAGAACGAGGAUGGAUCCGGGGACUAUGUGGUCAUCCUGAUUAAAGAUGGCUACCUGGAGUUCAGAUACAACACAGGAUCUGGUCCCGCAGUGAUGAAAAGCAAGAAGAAACUUGUGUCCAACGAGUGGGUCAGGAUCACCGCCACCAAGUCUGGACAAGAGGGUAGCCUCAUCAUCAACAACGGGGAACCAGUUAAAGCUUGGCCAUGGAGUUACACCAACAAUUUGCGCAACAACUACUACAACUAUUAUUUGCGUAGACGAUAUCGGUACAGGCGAGAUACAUCUCCAGGGACCCACAUUGGUUUGGAUCUGAGAACCAGGUUAUAUUUAGGAGGAGUGGAUCCAGAUAAGAAAGUUCCUGAUGGUGUGGAGGUCCAGAAUGGAUUCUAUGGAUGUAUAGCUGAGUUGAAAAUAAACAUGCUGUCUACCAACCUUGUCAAAGAUGCCAUAGAAACACUUGAUGUGCGAGAUUGUGAAGAAACGGACAUCUGCAAUAGACAUCCCUGUAGAAAUGGGGGCACCUGCCAGGGGGGUACUGCAUCCUCCUACACCUGUCUGUGUCCAGCUAGUUACACUGGUGAAAAGUGUGAGGUGGAGAUUAAUCUGUGUUUGACCCAGCGACCAUGUCAAAAUAACGGAGUCUGUAGCGUGACCAACACAGGAUACAGGUGUGACUGCCCCUUAACAUUCAUGGGAAAGAACUGUGAAGCAGUAAUCAAGCUAGGAGAGAACAUUGAGGUGAACCGUGAUGGCUUUGUGGAAUUCUCCAAAGAUUACCUGACGGCCUCUCCCCAGCAGGAAGAAAACAUGAGGUUUACCCUCAAAACAACAGAGAGCAAUGGUCUAGUCCUGUGGAAGGGUCAGCGCAUGCCCCUACAAAGGUCAAGUAGUGGAGACUACCUGUCCAUCGGAUUAAAGAAUGGUUAUGUCAUGUAUAGCUAUGACCUGGGAAGUGGUCCAUCAAACAUAACGUCACCAAUCAGAGUCAAUGAUGGGUAUGCACAUAUCAUUGAGGUAACCAGAUUAGGUCGGCAAGGAAGCUUGACCAUUGACAACAAUCUGUCAUAUUCAACUUCUGGGCAAUCCCAAGGACCGCUCCAGAGCCUGAACACAGAGGGAAAUAUUUUCUUAGGAGGAGUUUCACUGGUGCCUACCAUUACCAAGGGAUCAUACUCAGAGAACUAUAGUGGUUGUAUAUCUAACAUAUACAUACAAAAUAACGGGCCUUUACGAGUCCCCGAAGAUGCUGUUGGGGGAUUUAAUGUACGACCUUGCUUAAACAAGAAAUAAUUACUUAAAGUCUUUAAAAUUACCUUCAAAUGAGUGAUAUUUAAAACUGUUCCAUACAUGCAUCCAUGAAUGAAUGACAUAUGUGAAUAUUAUGCAAUUAGACAUUGCAGGGGAAUUUUGCAUUCUUCACUGUGUUAGGUUAUUUGCAGGUCUGUGCAAAUAAAUUGGGUGCUAGAUACAGAAAAUUGUUUAUGUAAAUCAAAGGCAUUACACUUUUUCUUGAUAGUUGUACAAUUCUUUACAUUGUGAAAACUCUGUGUAGUUUUAUGUCUACAUGUAUAUUAGCACUUUAAAAGUGUACAAACAAUAUCCAUGUGUUCUGUCUAUAGAUGACUUUUAAGUUUUUAUUAUAAUAAUUUUAAAUUGAUAUUUUUGUACCCGGUUCUAGUAUUUUGAUUUUACCAUGUACCCCCUUUUUAAACAACUUUCAGAUACAUAUUAAAGGUGCUUUUUAUAUACAUUAUUCUUAAUGCUUUAUAGACAAUAUUUGAUGUGUAUGUAUAAUCAAUUUGAGUACUGAUGAUAUUAUGUGAGAGAGAACUAAGGGACAAGAUCAAAAGUUCAAUAUCUGACCAAAAAACUAAACAUUUUUUUUUACAAAGAGACCCCUCCAACUCCAAACUAAAUGAUAGAUGUUGAUUCGAAUUAGAUCAGCAAAUAUUAGUAUUUAUUACACCAUAAGUUUAAUUCUUUUGUUUAUUUAUAAAAAGAAACAUCAUAUACCAGAAACAUAAAGUCUAAGGUACAAUAUACACUUCUUGUUUUAUGUGUUAUUAUUGAUGUCAGUCAACAAUAACUUUUGGGGCUCUUAUUCUCCUCCCCCCUAAGUAUUUGAAUUUAGUUUUUUUUUUAAAUCAGAUUUUGAGCUUUUGAUAUCAUCCCUAAAUCAUUCAAUUACUCUGCAUGAUUGAAUGUAACUAUAUAUAGUUAGGAAGAUGUGUAUUUAAACAGGUUUCUUCCCAUAGUUAGCUUUUAUUGUAUUUCUUGAGUGUAUUUUGUUCAUUUAUUCAUCAUGAAAAUAUCUUUUCCUUUUCAAUACUCUUGAGAUGUGAAGACUGUUUAAGACUUGACUUGACCAGGUUUAGAGGGUAAAUGAAAUUGACUUUGUUUUACAUGUAAUAAAAUGUUUGUCUAACUACAAAAUAUAAUUUCAGUGCAGCAUUUAUGUUCAGGUUAUACCAAAGAUGUCCCAUUUACUGAGAGUCUUGAAUACUCAUGACAGCUGGUGCUAUAUAUAAUAAAAAGAUCAACAAUACUUGUGAUAUCCAACGGCUUUUCUGAUUUUUUUUUUUUUAUUUGUGACUGCAGAUCUGUCUAUCUUGAAUGAUGUAGGAGUAUUUUUUCUCAUUUUGUUGAAACUUAAGCAUUAUUCCCUAUUUUUUUAUCAAUAAUUUUUAGAUGCUAUUUUUAUUUUUCUUUAUUUCCAUGUGUUGAACUUUUGUUUCAUAGUGCAUACAUGUAUAUGACUUUUUUUUUAACUCUGUUAUUCAGUUUCAUGACUUUAAUUAUUUCUUUACUUCAGUAAAUUAUGCAAAGUAUCUAUAAUUUGCUUUUGGAUUAAUUUGAUUUACUGGGAAAUUGUAACUAAUGAAUGAUGUUAAAGAUCUAAUAUGCUUAUUGUGCAACUUUCAAAAUUAAGAAUUAAAAAUUAUAAUACAAGUA